CCUGAUAUCAUCAGCUUGUGUCGUGGUUUUAAGUUUUUAACUUUUAAGUUUUGUUUCGUGUUUAUCUAUCACAUAUUCUCAUGGCUUCAACUUUUAAAAUUUAAAUAGCUUUACCGGUUUUAACUUGUCUUCUAAUCAUUCAAUCAUUCAUCAUUGUGACAUCGGUCGUCGGAUAUUGAUUUAGAACAUUGUUUAUAGUUAUCUAAUACUUAAAGUCUGCACGACCACGCUUUGAGAUUGAUUACAAAUUUACAACUACUGUACAUAACUAAUAAUAGUCAAUAGCUAUGUCGUUUGUUCGCGUUAAAAGACGUCACAACGAAGAUCCGUUCAACUCAAUAGUCGUAUCGCACAAGAAAUUAAAAACUAUCGGUACAGAGUUCCGUAGAGAUUGUGUGUUUCAAUUUGCUGCAACUUUAAAAGACGAAAAUGAAAACUUAUCUCAAAUAUUGAAAGAGGUUCGAGAAGAAAGCUCUGUAAAAGAGCUAACAAAGAAGAACAAAAACAAAAACAUUAAUGAUGUAGUUGAACAUUCAAAAGCAGAACGUUUGAAGCUAGUUAAUACUCUCAGAGCUGUUAAACAAGACACAGUACCCAUUGAAGAAAUAGAUGGAAAGAAUUCAGAAAUAAAAGUUGUCGAUUUUGUUAAGCAAGUAGAAGAAAAUGGCAAGCCCUUAAUAGAUGAAGGAAUUUCAAUUGACUAUGUAUACGACUUGUAUUAUGCAUCCAAUAAUGAUAAUAAAUCAAUUGAUAUACAAGAUAUUGAUAGUGUACACGGAUUAGAUUCAGACAAUUUUUACAAUAUUUGCCGAAAUAUUGAUAGUUCUGAUAAUGAUUCCUCACACUGUGAAGAUGAUGAUGAUUCCAAUGAUGAAGGGAAUUGGAGAAAUGAUUAUCCUGACGAGGAUGAAAUGGAUAACGAUGAAAAUGAUUAUUGUCAAAAUCUGGUUUCUAAAUCAAAACAAUGGAAUAUAAAUGAUGAAAGCAGUUCUGAUACCGACGAAAAUAUUGAAGACUAUGAUUUACGUUUUGCAAGAUAUAAAGAACGUGUGAAAGCAGAAGAACAUUUUUUUUAUAAUAGUGUAGAUGAAAGUUCUGGUAGUACAAAUGAUUCAGAUGAUUAGAUUCUGUAAGAUAAAUAUUUAUGAAUAUAGAUCAGUUGUGUUCAUAAGAUUUAAUUUUAUUGAUUUUUAUUACAGUAGUAUAAUUUGUAUUUUCAUAAACUAAAUUUAAAAAAAAAAUUAAAUAUUUAUUUUUUUUACUGUUUUAAAUUUGUAUAUAAUAGUGGUUACUAAUUUCCCUGAAUUAAGUGUAAUAUUCAAAAUAAACAAAUACAAUAUGGAACUGUGCCUAUUAAAUUAAUUAUUUACUUUCAAAUGUAAACCAACAUCGAUUAUAUAUUAUUUUGAUUCACUUUGUGGAUUUUAGAUUAAUAAUUUAUAAUACAAUGGUGAAUAUUUAUUUCUGACAUAUUAUUAAAACUACAACUUCUCAACCUUCAGUAUUCAAUUUAAACUUUCUCUGUAAGAAAUUAGACCAUAAAGAUUAAUUAAUUUAUUCAUAUGAACUCAUGAACUUAAUAAAGCAUGCAUUGAUAAAAUAUUUUGUAAUUAACCAAUCUUAAUACAAAUCUUAGAUGUUUAAGAGCUUCAAUGAAUUUCUGACUUCAAUAUGGAACAAAUAGUAUAAUGUUAUGUUUGCCCAGCCAUACUUGACUUGUUGCCCUCCAAGAUUUUAUAUGUGGUUAAAAAGUAAAAAUGAAGACACACUAAUUUAAAUACUAUAUAUUUAUAAAUAUAUUUUGUCCUUAAUGAAUUUUCAAUCUUUUCUAAACCAUCUAACCAAACCAUAACUGUCAAAACAAGCCACUGGUACCCCCCAGGGGGGGGGGGGGGGUUAGCCUCCUCAAAAUCAUUCAGAGCCCCUCAAAAAAUAAUAUAGUUUUAAAAACAAAAAUAUUUUGUUUAACAUUGUUAAUCAUUGUAAAUAUGUUUGCUCAUUAAAUAAAUGUUUUUAUAGUUAGCAAAUUUAUUUAUAUAAAAA